CACAUCUUCCUCCGCGCCGACCACAAUGGAGAAAGACCACUUUACGUUCACCGUGGGCAAAUUAGAUGCAGGCAUGGCGAUCCUUCUCGGCGAACGUGCUCACCUGAUCGAAUUUCCCUCCGUCCUCCUUCCUCCCGGUGCGACCACUGGAUCCAUCGUCAACAUCUCCGUCCUACAGAACCACGCCGAAGAGAAGAGGAGAGACGCCGCGUUUUGGGCGCUGCAGGAUGAGAUACUUGACGAGUUUGGAGUGCGUACGCCUGAGCCACCGAAACUCCAGCUGCGCAAUGUGACACAGACGUCCGUGACCCUUGAGUGGCCCCCCAUCGACCUGGCCACGGCCAAAUUGCGAUCGUUGGACCUCUACCGCAACGGGCAGCGCCUCGCACCGAUCCCGAACCCGGCAACCAACACCUCCAGCAAGAUCUCGGGACUCGAGCUCGACACCGAGUACACGUUCCAGCUCGUCCUGCGCACGACCGCGGGGACGUUCCCCUCGGAGUUGCUUCGCGUGCACACGCACACCAUGACCGACACCUCCGGUGUGCGUGUAUGUUUCGGGACCGUCGAUGACGCAGGGCUCGUCGAGCAGGCGAAAGAAGCCCUGGAGCGCAUCGGCGCACGGUGGAGCGAGAAGAUUGAGAUUGACACGACGCACUUCGUGUGCACCACACCCAAUACGCAUACACCGACCGGUGUGCCUGAGGUCGAGUAUCAGCGCGCUGUGCAGCUGAGUAUACCCAUCGUCCAGCCGCAUUGGAUCUUCGCGUGCCAGUCUGAGCGUCGAUUAGUUCCUAUCGCGCUGUUCGGACUGGGAGCAACACCGCCUAACGCGCUACCCUCUCGGCGCCCACAGUCCAUGUCUGCUGCAUCUCCCACCCAACGCUCACCCGCCAGCGCAGCUGCUGUGCGACAGUCAAUGCCACCGACCGUCUCGCCCAUUGGCCAGCCUGCAACCUUUGUAGGGCAGUCGGUUAGCAAUACCCCACCACGAACCGUGCCGGUUGUCACUGUUGAAGAAGCACAUUCGGAGGAUGAAGAAUCUGAUGUGGCUGAGCUGGAGGCAAAACGGCUCGCCUUGAUGGAGAAGCGGGGAAGCAAGACCGGGACGAUGAACAUGCAGUUUAAAUUCCCGCCUACGUCUCCGACAAGUCCUGGCCCUGGGGAUUCCGAUGCCGCGGAUGCGGCCGUUGAGCCAGAGAGUAUUGAGGUUCCGCCGCCGCCGGUCGUGGAGAAAGAGACAAUAUCUGCUGGUGUGAGGAGUGAGGGUGACGUCGAUGAUGAUCUGGGCGAGACGGAGGACAUCCCGUUGUAGUCAGUAACCUCUCUGAUCCCUUUACUUUCUCCUUCAGCCUUGGCGCUACUCUGAUCAUCACGCAUGUACUUUUCGUCUGGUGAUUGUGCUUCCCAGGGGAUGAUUCGGAGGACACGUCACGGUAACAGCUUGCCUCCCUUGCUUCGAGCUCUGGUGGUGAUAUUGUGAUCCGUCAUGGAAGGUCGGGAAAGGAGCACUCCAUUUCGCGUCAAAACAAUUGACAUGUACGGUAGUCGUUACCCGCCAUGAUGAUUUUCGCACAAAAGAUUGAUCACUGAUCACCUGCCUGCGUCACUAUUCCUGACGCUUUGUGACUUGACCAGAAAACACUAUUGACCCUAUACCGUCGCGCAACACGUGAUGAUGACACAUCCCUGAUGGGCGGCUUUCCCGCGCGAUUUGUACCCUAUACAGUGUCAUCGUCGCGAGGACUUGUGCGUUUUGAGCGCAACAGAGUGUAGAUUAGGUAUCUAGACUGGAGAUAAGAAAAGAUAAUGAUUAGUAAUCCCACGUGAUCUGUCUAGUAAUAGUACAUAGGCUACACCCCCCCCUGCAGCCUUCCCUCUUGUUCAGGCCGCCCAAGGCCACUAAAAAAUCUGGAAAAAUGCGCAAAUAGUUGCUAGGGUCCUGGGUAAGAUGGCGCAUACUGGCGUCCCCACUCCGGCCAAUGGUGCAUAUCCCAUAUCGAAAUCCGUGGAGGGUCUCAAAAUGAUCACUUCCCAUCAGAGCUUUUGAUGGGAGGGGGACGCAGAAUGUAGUCUACACAACAUUUGUGUUUUUAUUACAUGGGUCGUUAGCUGCAUACUUAAGGAUAUAGGAUCUCGAGUUAUACAUUUUUAUCUUCAGCGGUUCUUUCAAAA